UAUUAUAUUUGAUAAAUAGUUUUAGUGGCGUGUGACUGAGUGCAGAGAAUCACGUUUAUAACUGACCUUUAGCUAGCGCGAUGGUUUUCAUUAGUUUUAUUGUGUUGAAUCUCAUAUUAGCGUUACUUUAUAGAACGUAUUGUAAAUUAACAUACGGUAUAAAUAAAUGCAGCAGGCAUUUGGUCGGCAAAGUGGUGAUAGUGACCGGAAGCAGCAGCGGUAUAGGAUACGAGACAGCAAAAGACUUAGCGGAGCGUGGAGCCCGGGUAAUACUCGCUUGCAUAAAUGAUCUACACGGUAACAAGGCCAGAGACCAGAUCAUUUCAGAAUCCGGGAACCAGGAUGUGCAUUAUCGUCAGCUGGAUUUAGCGUCAUUUGAUUCUGUCAGAAGAUUCGCUGAAGAAUUCAUUAAAACCGAAAAUCGUUUAGACAUUCUUAUCAACAAUGCUGGAGUACUCGUCGUGGACAAUGUAAAGACGGAAAACGGCUUGUUUGUCGGUAUGCAAACAAAUCACUUCGGGCCUUUUCUGCUCACGAAGCUUCUUCUUCCGCUAAUUAAAUCGUCAGCUCCGAGUCGCAUCAUCAACGUUACGUCCAUAGCCUACUCAAAAGGAAUUAUUGAUUUUAAUAAUUUAAAUUUGGAAAAAGAAACUUCGCAGUCAUACAGUAAAAUGCAAGCAUAUAAAAACAGCAAGCUGUGUAAUGUUCUAAUGACCACUGAGUUGGCGAGACGGCUUGAAGGUACUGGAGUGACUGCUAAUUGCUUACAUCCCGGCUUUGUAAAAACUGAUAUUUUAAAUCCUGAUAAACUGCCAUUUUCGAAGUACUGGCUUCCUUUCGCAAGUUUCUUUAUUAAGACCCCUCGGGAAGGGGCUCAGACUUCAAUAUACCUGGCGGUGUCUCCUGAGGUAGAAAACGUAACCGGCUGUUAUUUCGCCGAUUGUCAGGUUAAAACUUUAACCGAAACGGGGCGUAAUACUGAACUGGCUCGCCGUCUCUGGGAAGAGUCUGAAAAAAUAAUUGCGAAGAAAUGAAAUAUAUAUAUAUUUAUAAGUGUCAUAAGAAUCUAUGUUUUGUUAAGUUCAUUUUGGUAUAUGAAUGGUUACAUAAUGAAUAAACUUGUUUCAAUUAUUUUACAUUAAACAUGUGACAGAAUUUAUGACCUGACUAGGUAAAAUGCUUCCACGUUGACAGAGUAAACGUAAAUAAACUAAAAAUUAUCACAAUCUCUUUUCUACGGUUUUCAUUUUUCUUUUUAUUCAGUGCCAGUCUCUCAAACAGAAAUAGGCUUUGCUUUACCUAAAAAAAAAAACAUCCGCUGCAUUUCCAUAAUAUUUUGAGCUCAUUUCGAAACGUGAAAAAAUCUCAAUAACAAAAUAUAAUGUGCUAAAAAACGAGCUAUAAACCUCAUGCAAAUAAGAUCGUUUACGGUGGCUGCUCGACAUGAAAAUUAGGCAAAAACCCUCCGC